UGAGAACGAGCCAGGAGUGAAUCGAACUGAUCUGGCACAACCUGCGAGGCAUCUUCCAUGGCCCAGCAGGGUGGCAGCGUCAAGGCGUUUUUUGGUGCCGCUGCGCCCGUGUACCUGGCACCGCUGCUGUUCUUCAAGAACCUGGCGUUGCCAUGUGCCGUGCUCCUGGUGGUGAUUUUCACAGUCUUGGAGACACUGCCGCUGCCCAUUGUGUCCCUCGUACCAUGGGUAGCCACCGUCUUACUCGGCCGCUCCACGUCAGGCUACGAGGACGUGCUCGACCUCAGCGGCGCGGAACUGGUGCCACUGACGGGCUUCCUGAUUGUGUACGUGCUGGCGGACUCGACGCGACUGUGGACGAAGCUGUCGGCGCUUCUUCUCCGGUGGCAGGGCGUGCGCGUGGGACCGCUGUUUGCGUCGCUCAUGUCUGUUGCCUUCUUGGCGUCACUCGUGCUGCCGUCGACGUUCGUCACUCUCCUGCUCGCGGCCUUCGUCUGUCGGCAUAUGGAGCAUAUACAGGCACGUCAAGCCAACAGAGGAUGCAACGUGGAAACCCUUGGGGGAAAUUAAACUGUUCUGCACAACAGAAGUGCGCAAAUAUUAGACAAAAUGUAAAUGUAAGUGGGCGAAAACGCCAACCUGCCGCCGGUACGGUGCCUGGAACCUGUACAGUGCUCUGUGAUACAGCUACCGCUGCAGCCCCAUGGCCGUCUACUUUCUUGAACAAUUGUGAGUGUCUACUAAGUCUAUCCGUGAGAGAGUUAGCUAUAGUGUCACUUGCG